AUGGGUUAUGGCGCUCCGUAUUACAGCAAUGCGUUGGCAGCAGUAGCAGCAGCGACGCGACGGCAGACAGCAUACACAUUAAUAACAAUAAUAAUAUGGAAUGAAUUGAAAUAUUUCCUCAAAGCGCUGUUGUGUUUUUUGACCGCUUGUCUUUUGGUACCGCUUUUACUUAUUCUAUUUGUUUGUGUCCAUUAUAGCAAUGCUUUCGUCCAUUAUAUACUAUCAAUCAAAUAUCCCGAACUGCAAAUAUCAAAUACUAAAAAGAUACGCUCAUUCAUUGAUACUCCAAGAAAUGCUGGCAUUUUCAAUUUUCUACUUCAAAUAAAAGGACCAUGUGAUUUUGAGGCAAUACGUAAACAUUAUGAAGAAAAUCUGACAGGUGCUCGGGAGAAAACGGGUCAUUUAAAAUUUCCCAAACUGCGUCAGAAGUUAAUGAAUUGUUGGGGUCACUAUGGCUGGGUUAGAGAUAACAGUUCCUUUAACAUCAACAACCACAUCAUAUUGAAUAAAGCAACAUAUCGUGGAAGUCCUGUACAUGAUGGAAAUAUUCAGGAUUUUGUUAGCACCUUGGUUGAAAAGUAUAUACCCUCGGAUUUACCGCAGUGGCAGGUGAUUGUUAUUCCAAUUUCAUCGAACAAAUCAUUAUUGAAUGUGGAAGUUGCCGAUGAAGAAACAUCCAAUGCACCUCAGGAAGAUCAACAUUACUAUAUACUGUUGAAAAUUCAUCAUUUGAUCAUUGCCGAGGAAGACGAUUUACACAUCAGUGAAAUGUUAAUGCUAAGGGAUAGCAGCGAAAGACCAAUUAUCGAAAUUGGCGAAUAUACCCAAAACAUUUCCAAAACCAAAAGUCUCUCGUAUUUCAUUCGAAAGCCCGAACACAUUGAGCGACUUUUGAAAUAUUUGAUGCGUGUAAUUGUCAAUCAAUGGAAUAAAUUUAUAUACGAAUUUGAAUCCCUGGAGACGCCAGACGAUACGAGUGGCAUUCAAAUCACCAAUAUCAGUCAAUUGUUUUCGUUGCUUCUGAUUGUAGCUGUCAAUGUUGUGAUUAGCUAUUGGAAAACAGCCAUUGCAAAGAAGCACAAAUCACAUCGCUAUCAAAAAAAUUUAUCGCAGACGGAGAGUAAAAUCAAAGUAAUUAGACGGCUCUUAGCCAAGGAGGCGGAACAGAGACAUUUGUCCUGGCCAACGGCUAAAUUUGCUAUUCAAAAUUCUUUACAACCCUCGAAUCUCACCAAAACUUGGGCCACACUUGUCUGGAAGGCAAAUGUUAACAGCAUGCUAGCACUUCCCUAUCGUAUCUUCUGUGAAAUUAUGGCCCUUAGAGAUUUACUUGUCAAAGGUGAGACAACGCUAAGCACAACAUACUCGGGACGUCUUUCAAUAUUUUUGCCACUCUUGAUCUAUGCUCAAAUGGAAUUCCUAAGAAUUUGUUAUGAAAUCUUUAAAGCUCCGGUCAAUAUAUUCGAAGAACUUGUCCAAUAUCCUUCGAAAGAAGUUAAUAAACUGCAUAAAAUGUCCUACUCCGGACGUAAAAUCGCUUCAUUUUCGAAACCAAUCGAUGCCCAAAAAUUACGUAAACGUGUCGCCUUUAAUGAUGAAGUACGCGAAUCCGACUAUGUGCUAUCCUGUUUGUCGGGUGCAAUCCGAGACUAUCUUGAGUUGUACUCGUCCGAUGUAGCUAUACCAAAAAUGCUCAACACAACAUGUCGCACAAUUGCCAAAGGCUAUUUCACUGACAAUUUAGAUGACAAAUCCGAUUACAUUGGUGGGGUUGUAUUUCUUCCAUUGCCACUUAAGGUGCCAGAUCAUGGACAUGCUCGUCAAAUCCACUCGAUAAUAGAGCAAAUUCGCCGUAAACAAGUCAUGAUUUAUUUGGCCUCAAUGGGGCAAACGAAAUAUGAUAUGCUGACUUCGAUAUUUCCCAGAGUUUUGACCAAAAUAUGCAUCAACUACUUUUCAUCCAAUUUCCCAAUAACAAUCACUGAAAUAUAUGGUGAAAGUUCAAGUUUCGAAACAACAUGGGGACAAACGGUACAAGAUGUUUUACUAUUUAGACCACCUCAGUCGAAAACAUGCUUGUCACUAAAUGUACAUCAUUUCGGUGAUCGCUAUCGUUUGGCAGUAAUGGCUGAUACUCAACUGGGUCCAGAUCAUUCGAAAAUUGUUCGUUCGUUUGAGAAUUAUAUGGAAAGUAUGACACUGUAA